AUGAGCCACUCCGUUAACAGAUAUUCCAGGAAGAAGGUGGCCAUUGUCGGCAGUGGCAGUGCGGGCAUUGCGGCGCUCUGGGCCCUGAACCGAACUUAUCACGAUGUCUACCUCUACGAGGCCGCAGACCGCUUGGGCGGCCACACCAACACUGUGCAGUGGAAGGCCGGCAAGUACACGACGGACGUUGACACUGGCUUCAUCGUCCUGAACACCGCGACAUACCCCAAUUUCCUCAAUUUCCUCAGCCGGGUGGGAAAGCCUGCCGUCGGAGUGGCAACCGAGCCCACUGAGAUGACCUUUAGCGUAUCGCGAGAUCGCGGUCUCUUUGAAUGGGCGAGCACGAGCUUGGGCACCAUCUUCUGCCAAAAGAGAAACCUCUUCUCUCCCCGGAUGUGGAGGACGCUGUUUGACAUCGUUCGCUUUAGCCAAUUUGCACUGGACUUGCUCAUCGACGAAGAGGAAUAUGAGCCGCGAUACGGGGGAGAGCACAUGAUGAACCAUGUCCACAAGACCUUGACCAUUGGAGAAUACCUGGAGCGGGAAGGCUAUUCGGAUGGCUUCCGAGACGACUAUUUGAUACCCAUGACGGCUGCCAUCUGGAGUGCCAGUCCGGAUAAAUGCGCAUUAGAGUUUCCUGCGACGACGCUUGUCCGCUUCCUAUGGAAUCACCAUUUGCUAUCAACAAUAGCCUUACGUCCAAAGUGGCUUACACUGAAAAACGGCGCUCGAUCAUACAUUGAUGCUGUCAUGAAAGGCUUUCCGUCUAAUCACCUGUUCCUCAAAACGGCAGUCAAGAAUGUCUCAAAUGACUCGCACGGCCGUGUUCUUUUACAUCUUGAAAAUGGCAAGACUGAAGUAUAUGACCAUGUCAUCUUGGCGACUCAUGGUGACCAAGCGCUGUCCAUUCUCGGCACAUCUGCUACAGAGCAGGAGCGCUCAAUCUUGUCUUGCUUCCAGACAUCGCAAAACGAAGCAGUGCUGCAUUCAGAUGUAUCGCUGAUGCCACGCAAUAAAAAGGCAUGGUCAAGCUGGAACUUCCUUACAACAUCUUCUUCUUCGACGAAAAAGGCCAUGAUGGAUAAGGUCUGCUUGACAUACAACAUGAACAUCCUGCAGCAUAUUCCAAGGAACCCAUUUGGGGAUGUGCUGGUCACUUUGAAUCCUAUCCAGCGUCCUGAUCCAAGCAAAGUCCAGGGGACAUUCCGGUAUAGCCAUCCAUUAUACACUCCGUCAGCUGUGCGUGCACAAAAGAUGCUGCGCUAUAUACAGGACAGGAGAGGAAUCAGCUAUAUCGGUGCGUGGACCGGAUAUGGAUUCCACGAAGAUGGCUUCACUAGCGGCUUGCAGGUAGCUCAGGAUCACCUGGGUGCUAAGCUCCCCUUUGAGAUGCGAGACUCUACCUAUAGCCGUGGAAGGGUUCCAAGGCUAGGGUUGCUGGAUCAAUUACUGCGACUUAUCAUUCUGGCCAUUCAAGUAUUCGUUAUUCAGAUUAGAGAUGCUAGCGCCAAAUUCAAGCUUACAUGUAGCAUUGAAGAAUUGCUACCUCUUCAACCGUCUUGCAAAUAUCGCAACGCAGCAAAAAUGAAUAGCGCAUUGCGCCUUGUGCGCACCGGUCCUCCACGGAUAGCAAGCUCAUCGUCACAAUGGGCUUGCUUUUUCUGCCAGAAUGCCCGGCCUCAGAGCCGCCGGCCCAAUCUCGCAGAGUUUCGCCGCAAUCUCUCCAUCUCAAGACCUCGUCGAGAACCCCAGACGCCGUCUCGGCAGCAGGCGACUGGCGCUUAUAUGGACAACAUUCGGGCGCAAUACAAUCAGAAGAAUAUGACCUCAACCUACUGGACCCUCAGCGCGAUAAUUGGCUUUCUUGGCCUGGCAUACGGCGCCGUGCCCCUCUACAAAAUGAUAUGCCAAACCACUGGCUGGGGAGGCACACCGAUCCGCGCCUAUGGCCUGGGCGGCGACGAAGGCGAAGACCUCUCCACUCGCCUUGUCCCCGUCACUUCUGCGAAGCGAAUCAAAGUCACCUUCAACGCUGCCGUGUCUGACGUCCUCCCGUGGAAGUUUGUCCCCCAGCAGCGAGAAGUCCGAGUUCUGCCCGGUGAGACGGCCCUGGCAUUCUACAAGGCGACGAACCUCGGCGACAAAGACAUCAUUGGCGUGGCAACAUACAGCGUGACGCCCGCCCAAUGCGCAGGCUACUUUAGCAAGAUCCAGUGCUUCUGCUUUGAGGAGCAGAGAUUAAACGCUGGCGAGACGGUGGACAUGCCUGUGUUCUUCUACUUGGAUCCCGACUUGUUGAACGAUGUCAACAUGAAAGGCGUUGAAACCGUAACCCUGAACUAUACAUUCUUUAAAGCGAGAUAUGACAACAAUGGCAGAUUCACCCCUCCUGCCUCCAACUAG